UUAUUUCGUCGUCUAGCAAAUCAUUACAAAGAAUACAGUAAAUAAUUCACUAUUAAUUUCGUUUCUUCCAUCAUUACAAAGUUAUAAAUCCAAAAUGAGCUUCGAUCAAUCCUCAAAUAGUAACAGUACGAACGACAAGCCGGAUAGGAAGGUGCUCGACCGCAGCAAAACUGACGACUUGCAAAUUUCGCGAACAGACAUGAACAUGUUGAUUAUGAAUUAUUUGGUCACAGAGGGCUUCAAGGAGGCUGCAUUAAAAUUCCAACAAGAGGCUGGACUGCAGGAGCCCGCUCUCUGCAGCUCCCUGGAUGAGCGCAUCAUGAUCCGUGAGGCAGUGCAGAACGGCCGCAUCCCAGACGCCAUUGCCAUGGUCAACUCCCUUCAUCCGGAGCUGCUAGAUAAUGAUAGAUACUUGUACUUCCAUUUGCAGCAACUGCAACUACUGGAGUUGAUCCGUGGCGGGCGCGCCGAGGAGGCCCUAUCAUUCGCAUCAGCUACCUUGGCCGAAGCUGGCGCCAAUGACCGUACGGCGCUCACAGAGCUGGAACGCUCCCUCGCGCUGCUCGCGUUCCCAGACCCGCACGCGUCGCCCUUUGCUGAUUUGCUGCUGCCAUCCCACAGCCAGAAGAUCGCCAGCGAGCUAAACGCAGCCAUACUAAAGAUGGAGAAUCAAGAAUACACCAACCCCAAGCUAUGUAGCCUUCUGCGGAUGAUCCUCUGGUCCCAGAGCGAAUUAGACAAGCACAAUAUCAAGUAUCCAAAGAUGACCGACCUAGCCAAUGCCACUAUAGAAAAUCCAAGUUUUAAGUAAGUCUCUAUGUGGUUUAUUUAUAAAUUUAAUGUCUGUAUUUUAUUUUAUUACCAUUGUAAUUUUUACAUAAACUCAAUUACUAAGUAAAACAGUUCCAUUUAAUCUUACAAACAUAGUUACUAAUGUGGUUUAUACAGAACUUGCACCGUUUCAUAUUACCUACAUAAAAAUUUGUAGUUUUUGAGAAAUAUGCUGGUAUAUGUCGGUAUAACAAUAAUAAUGACACUCAAAACCUGCUCCAAAAUAACUAAGUGCGGCCCAGGCAGCGAUGACGAACGUCGAUAAAUAAAAUUGGAAUUAUUAAAAUUGUCUCCAUUUAUGACGACGUUUACAAGUUAUAAAUCCGAACUUACAAUUCAAAACCUGCUCCAAAAUAACACUAAGUGCGGCCCAGGCAGAACGUCAAUAUAUAAAAUUGGAAUUAUUAAAAUUGUCUCCAUUUAUGACGACGUUUACAAGUUAUAAAUCCAAACUUACAAUGGUAAUAAAAAAGUCAGUUGAUGUUGGCUGUCGCAAAUCAAAUGGAAACUUUCAUCUGGUAAUGAAUUAAGUAGUAAAAUAGUUAUUUUAAUUACCAUGCUAGUACAUAUUUGUUCCAUCUUUAUCAUUAUGUAGUGGUUAUCCACAUGGGUAAUUGUAUAUUUUAUUCAAAAGUUCUAAUUUGAAUGGAGAAGAUGAAUUAUAGAUUGUGAUGAAAUAAUCAAGGUUUCUUAUUAUAAAUAUUUAUAUAUUUUUAUUGAUUAGUUGUCAAGCGGACCCCAGGCUCCCAUGAGCCGAGGCAAAAUGCCGGGAUAACGCGAGGAAGAUGAUGAUAUAUUUUUAUUGAUAAAAUACCUAAAUUCUAUUGAACUUAGAGAAAAUUAGAUUGUACUGGAAACUGUUGUUUGUGUGUUGGAAAUAAGUUUAUAGGAACAGUCCGCGUGCAAGCGCGCGCUUGUGUCAGUCACCUGCAAUAAUAUGUUACUCUUCAAAGGCCGCAAAAAUAUGUGACACACUCUUAUGGCUACAAAUAAGGUCGUGUCAGAUAUGUUUGCGGCCUUCAUUGUGUAACAUAUUAUUGCAGGUGACUGUACCCACAGUCAAGGCAUAAAUAUAUAUAUACAUUCCCAAGGUUUCAUAAAUAUGUGUACGCUCUUACACCGCAGACAAUAAAGUCGUGUUUACAUAUUUUUGACCCGAUAUCUGGAUCGAUAUUUUUGCCUUCGACUGUACAUACUAGGCGCUGAUUUAAAUCUCGAUUCCUCGGAGCUCGUGUACAUACUGUACCCUUUAAACCGACUUAUGGCCGUAAGGCAUCACUUGCUAUAUAGCAUGAGCAUCUAGUAAUAAUACGAACAUUACCAACAAUCAUACCUAACACACAAUAGGGCAGCCAAAAAGCGUUCUUAUUCCAAGGGGGUAAAUAUUUGUAAUACCUCAAAAAUACUUUUGUUUCCAAGUAUAGUCCGUAACGAUUUGUCGAUUCUAGGUUUCAUUUGUAUGUAGAAAAGUUUUAAAUUAAAGUGAUAGGAAUUCCUCAGAGUAAUCGAUUGAACUAGAUUAAGAAAAUCUAUUAAUUAUUAAUCAACACUUAAAUUGUAUUUAAAAAUAAGGUUUUUGUAUGUAAUGUUUAGAAAUAAAGUAUAAAU